GUGAAAUAUUACAGACACUUGGCACCUGAUCACUUGCUUCAAAUAUGCCAUCGACUUGGACCGCUUCUAGAGCAAGAAAUUCCCCAAAGUGUCCCUGGAGUGCAGACGUUACUAGGAGCUGGCAGACAGUCUUUACUUCGUACAAACAAAAGUUGCAAACACGUUGUGUGGAAGGGAUCCGCUCUUGCUGCGCUACACUGUGGGAGGCCUCCAGAGUCUCCUGUAAAUUAUGGCAGUCCACCUAGUAUAGUGGAUACCCUGUUUUCACGAAAACUAAACGGAAAAUACAGACUUGAACGCCUUGUUCCAACUGCAGUCUAUCAACAUAUGAAGAUGCACAAACGAAUUUUAGGACACUUAUCUUCUGUAUACUGUGUAACUUUUGAUCGGACUGGCAGGCGAAUAUUUACCGGAUCAGAUGAUUGCCUUGUAAAAAUCUGGGCCACAGAUGAUGGAAGGUUGUUGGCUACCCUGAGAGGGCACGCAGCUGAAAUAUCUGAUAUGGCAGUGAACUAUGAAAACACCAUGAUAGCUGCUGGAAGCUGUGAUAAAAUGAUCAGAGUUUGGUGCCUUCGAACUUGCGCACCCUUGGCAGUUCUGCAGGGCCACAGUGCCUCUAUAACAUCAUUGCAGUUCUCUCCACUGUGCAGUGGCUCAAAGAGAUACUUGUCUUCAACCGGGGCAGAUGGAACAAUAUGCUUUUGGCUGUGGGAUGCUGGCACCCUUAAGAUAAAUCCAAGGCCAACAAAGUUUACAGAACGCCCUCGACCUGGAGUCCAAAUGAUCUGUUCUUCUUUUAGUGCUGGUGGAAUGUUUUUGGCCACUGGGAGUACAGAUCACAUCAUUAGGGUUUAUUUCUUUGGAUCAGGUCAGCCAGAGAAGAUAUCAGAGUUGGAGUUUCAUACUGAUAAAGUUGACAGCAUUCAGUUUUCCAAUAGUAGUAGCAGAUUUGUAAGUGGAAGCCGGGAUGGAACAGCACGAAUCUGGCAAUAUAAGCGGAGGGAAUGGAAAAGCAUUUUGUUGGAUAUGGCUACUCGCCCAGCAGGUUUACAAGGAGUUGAAGAUAAAAUCACAAAGCUGAAAGUGACCAUGGUGGCAUGGGACCGCCAUGACAAUUCUGUUAUAACUGCAGUAAACAACAUGACCCUGAAAGUCUGGAAUUCUUUCACUGGCCAACUCAUUCAUAUUCUUAUGGGACAUGAAGAUGAAGUGUUUGUACUUGAACCUCAUCCAUUUGAUCCAAGAGUUCUCUUCUCUGCUGGACAUGAUGGAAAUGUCAUAGUUUGGGAUUUGGCAAGAGGGGUCAAAAUCCGGUCUUACUUCAAUAUGAUUGAAGGACAAGGACAUGGGGCAGUUUUUGACUGCAAGUGCUCUCCUGAUGGACAGCAUUUUGCAUGUACUGAUUCUCACGGUCACCUUCUGAUUUUUGGCUUUGGUUCCAGUAGCAAAUAUGACAAGAUAGCAGAUCAGAUGUUCUUUCAUAGUGAUUAUCGGCCCCUUAUCCGUGAUGCCAACAACUUUGUCCUGGAUGAACAGACACAGCAGGCUCCACACCUUAUGCCUCCCCCAUUUUUGGUUGAUGUGGAUGGCAACCCUCAUCCUGCAAGGUAUCAAAGACUAGUUCCUGGUCGUGAGAACUGCAGGGAGGAACAGCUUAUUCCUCAGAUGGGAGUGACAUCUUCAGGAUUGAAUCAAGUUCUUAGUCAACAAGCAAAUCAAGAAGUUAGUCCCUUGGAUAGCAUGAUUCAAAGACUUCAGCAGUAGCAGGACCAGAGGCGCUCUGGGGAGGCAGGAACCAGUAGUACCAGCCGGAUAAGCAGAGGGUCUGUAAGUUCUACCUCAGAAGUACAUUCACCACCAAAUAUCGGCCUGAGGCGCAGCGGGCAGAUCGAAGGCGUGCGCCAGAUGCACAGCAACGCCCCGAGGAGUGAGAUAGCCACCGAGCGAGACCUGGUGGCUUGGAGUCGAAGGGUUGUGGUGCCCGAGCUCUCUUCUGGUGUGGCCAGUCGGCAGGAAGAAUGGAGAACAGCAAAGGGAGAAGAAGAAGUGAGGGUGUAUCGGUCGGAAGAGAAAAGAAAACACGUAACGAGUCACAUUCAAAGAGAAAACAAAAUUCCUACUUUCCCUAAGAACCAUUCUCAUGAUCAUUUAUUAGACACUAGUGACUCAAGAAAACAGCAAGCUAACCAGCACAACUACCGUACGAGAUAUGCAGUAGAAGAAACUGCAAGGCCUGCUGAAGAGUUAGAAAAUGGACACAGUUCCUCAGAUGUAAGAUUUCUUUUCAUCAGGGGAUCUUAUAUAGAAGGGGAAAUCGUUGUUGCCAGUGGUGGAACAUCAGAAGAUGAUGAAAGAGCGUGGCACAGUGAUGGCAGUUCUAGUGACUACUCUAGUGAUUAUUCUGACUGGACAGCCGAUGCAGGCAUCAAUUUGCAACCACCAAAGAAAAUUCCUAAAAUUAAAACAAAGAAAGCAGAAAGUAGUUCAGAGGAUGAAGAAGGACCUGAAAAACAAAAGAAGCAAAUCAAAAAGGAGAGGAAGAAAGGGAUUGAGGAGAAAGAUGGACCAUCAACAUCACCAAAGAAGAGGAAACCCAAAGAGAGAAAACAAAAGAGGCUGGCUGUCGGAGUUCUGGCAGAAAAUGGUUUGACACUGGAAGAAUGGCUGCCUUCAGCAUGGAUUACAGACACUGUGCCUCGUCGGUGCCCAUUUGUGCCACAGAUGGGGGAUGAGGUCUACUAUUUCCGACAAGGUCAUGAAGCAUAUGUUGUAAUGGCCAAGAAGAACAAAAUAUAUAGCAUUAAUCCCAAGAAACAGCCAUGGCAUAAAAUGGAAUUACGGGAACAAGAGCUGAUGAAAAUAGUUGGAAUUAAGUAUGAAGUGGGCUUGCCUACUCUCUGCUGUCUUAAACUAGCUUUUCUUGACCCUGAUACGGGUAAACUAACUGGAGGAUCGUUCACCAUGAAGUACCACGAUAUGCCAGACGUCAUUGACUUCCUAGUUCUGAGGCAGCAGUUUGAUGAUGCGAAACACAGGCGAUGGAAUAUAGGUGAUCGUUUCAGGUCAGUGAUAGAUGAUGCUUGGUGGUUUGGAACAAUUGAAAGCCAGGAACCUCUUCAGCCUGAUUAUCCUGAUAGCUUAUUUCAGUGCUACAAUGUCUGCUGGGACAAUGGUGAUACUGAGAAGAUGAGCCCUUGGGACAUGGAACUGAUACCAAGUAAUGCUGUAUUUCCAGAGGAACUGGGAACUAGUGUUCCUCUGACAGACGAUGAGCGUCGGACACUGCUCUACAAACCUCUGGAUGGAGAGUGGGGUUCCAGAACUCGAGAUGAGGAGUGUGACAGAGUUAUUGCAGGGAUAAACCAACUCAUGACUCUAGAUAUUGCUUCUGCAUUUGUGGCACCUGUGGAUCUUCAAGCUUACCCAAUGUAUUGCACUGUUGUGGCAUAUCCCACAGACCUCAGCACCAUUAAACAAAGACUGGAAAGCAGAUUUUACAGGCGCCUCUCAUCGCUCAUGUGGGAGGUUCGGUACAUAGAGCACAACACGCGCACCUUUAACGAACCUGGGAGUCCCAUUGUCAAAUCUGCCAAGUUUGUCACAGAUCUUCUGCUACACUUCAUAAAAGACCAGAGUUGCUAUGACAUAAUUCCAGUAUACAAUGCAAUGAAGAAGAAAGUGCUGUCUGACUCUGAUGAGGAAGAAGAGAAAGAUACAAAUGUGCCAGGAACUUCCACUAGAAAAAGAAAGGAUCAUCAGCCCAAGCGGCGCCUGCGUAACCGAGCUCAGUCCUACGACAUUCAGUCGUGGAAGCAGCAGUGCCAGGAGCUGCUCAAUCUCAUCUUCCAGUGUGAGGACUCUGAGCCCUUCCGACAGCCGGUCGAUCUCCUUGAAUAUCCCGAUUAUAGGGAUAUUAUUGACACUCCUAUGGAUUUUGCUACUGUUAGAGAAACACUGGAAGCUGGCAACUAUGAGUCACCGAUGGAGUUAUGUAAAGAUGUGAGACUUAUUUUCAGCAAUUCCAAGGCCUAUACACCAAGUAAAAGAUCAAGGAUCUACAGCAUGAGUUUGCGCCUUUCUGCUUUCUUUGAAGAACACAUAAGUUCUAUUUUAUCAGAUUAUAAAUCUGCCCUGCGCUUUCAUAAAAGAAAUACAAUAAAGAAACGAAGGAAAAAAAGAAGUAGAAGCAGCUCAGUUUCCAGCAGUGUUGCAUCCAGCCCUGAAAGGAAGAGGAGAUUGAUAAAGCCCCAGCUGAAGGCAGAAACUUCAGCCACCUCUUCGUUGUCUGCGCCUGCACGGGCCACAGCCCUGAGACACGCUCCGCCCCAGGUGAACGGGAAAGCGGCUGAAGCCUCUUCCCUUGUGCGGACGAGAAGCAACAGGGGGACACCAGACGUGGCUGUUCCAGAGCAACCAUCUACUUCUUCAGGAGCAAAGCCUUUAACAAUAAAGCCUUUAAUUACAAAGCCUAAUACUACUGCAGGGCCAGGAAAGUCAGUACUGGAAAACUCAACCAAACAUUCCAAGAACCAGAAUGUUGUAUCAAUCCCUAGCCAAUCUGAUUACAGUCAUAACACUAGGAAUAACUCCACGAGAGAAAAUCCAGAGAAAGAGAAGCAAAUCAAGCGCAAAGUAAAAUCUUCCACUGUUAAUCAACAAGCAGACUGCAGGAAUAACGCUCUGGCAUCGGGCAGCGUCCAGGUGAACGGCCACGGUGGGCAGCCUCCGAAGCCCCCUGUGAAAAGAGGUCCCGGAAGGAAACCCAAGGUGGAGUCCAAUAACAGUAGCUGUGAAGUGGUGCACAAGAAGAGAGGCAGAAAACCAAAAAAGCUACAACUUGUUGAACAGCAAAAGGUUGCAGAGCCAAACACAAUCCAGACUGCAAGGGACACGCCAGAAGAAGCCUCUGCUUCUACCGCAUGCAAUUCUCUUUCUGAAAAUAAUAUGAAGGAAGACUUGUUACAAAAAAAAGGCCGUGGGGGUAGGAAGCCAAAAAGGAAGAUAAAGACCCAUCAACCAGGCUCGGACCUCUUAGCUCCUGUGAAUGUUAAAAUGCAGACAAGAAGCAGGAGGAAAAAGAUAGAUGAGCCUAUGGAGGAGGGGUCUGAAGAGCUUAAAGAUUCUUCUGAACCUCACAUGAGAACUAGAAACCAGGGUAGGAGGACAGCCUUUUACAAUGAAGAUGACUCUGAGGAAGAGCAAAGGCAGCUAUUGUUUGAAGACACCUCCUUAACUUUUGGAACAUCUAGCAGAGGCAGAGUCCGAAAGUUGACUGAGAAAGCAAAGGCUAAUUUAAUUGGUUGGUAA